GGAGCGAAGAAAGCCCUCCGCCACCACCAACCCUUUCAGAGUCUUCCAUUGGAUGCUUUUACUGGAUGGACGGCGCUGCCAACGGAUGCAACCGGCAACCACAAACAAACUUCAAGAACCUUUUCUUUACUUUUAUUCUUCUUCAUACUUGAAGUGGAAGAACUUUAAUUGCUGUUCAUCUCUUUUUUUUUUGAUUGAAUGUAAUUUAUUCGGCUAAUUAAUACAAUUAUUGUUGUUGUUAUUUAUUAUUAUUCCCAAUUUCCGUUCCCCCGCCCUCCUCCGCCAUCUGUCGCUGCCUUUCCCUCCUUUUUCGGACCGCUUGGUGGCGCGCACACCAUCGGAACAAUUUCCCUCUUCAAUUAUUCACUCAGGAUUCGUCAAAGAGCCCUGUGAUUGUUGCAUAUUUGGGUUUCAGUGAUGGAUAAGAAGGAAGCGACGGGGAGCCCUGGUUGGGGCGCUUCACUUUUCCUGCAGACGACCGAAGAUGUUGCAACCGAUGAGGGCGGCAGUCCACUACAGAGACUGCAGCGUCAAGUUAAUAAAGUGCUUCAAGGCUUUUCAAGUCCUCCUCAACUCAAAACUCCAGGAACCUAUAAUCCUGAACUUCUCACAACCCAAAAGCGUCAGUGGGCGAACUUUCAGUUGCACUACUUGGACCAUCGAUCUCAGAAGCAGCCAAGUAGGAUAUUUGAGAGCAUGGUUGUUGUUGGCCUUCAUCCUAAGUGUGAUAUUCGGGCACUUCAGGAGCAAUAUGUUGCAAGGAAGUCAGAAGCUCAUAUUGAACCACAGGUCCUAUUUGUGUACCCUCCAGAGAAGCAGUUGCCGCUCAAAGACAAGGACCUUCUUUCAUUCUGCUUUCCAGGAGGUGUGGAGGUUCAUGCUGUUGAAAAAACUCCUUCCAUGAGUGAGUUGAACGAGAUUCUUCUCGGGCAGGAACACUUCAAACAAAGUGACCUCUCAUUUGUAUUCCGCUUACAGGUUGCUGAUGAUUCGACAUUGUAUGGAUGCUGUGUUUUAGUUGAAGAAUUAGUGCAGAAACCAUCUGGGUUGCUUUCAGUUUCUGAAAAAGCACCUUCCUACUCAUCCUUGAGUCGUUACGUACUAACCACACGCAGAUGCUAUUGCAUCCUAUCUCGCUUGCCAUUCUUCGAAUUACAUUUUGGUGUGUUGAAUAGCAUCCUCACUGAAGAAAGGCUGGAAAGAUUAACAAAAGGUAUUGGUGUUUUGAAUUUGGAAUCCACAGAGAAUUUGAGCAUUGAAGAAGAUUUGGUAGAAGACAUAGGUUGCAUGACCUUGGAUCAGAAUGCAGCUGAAGACAUGUCCGAGGUAAAAGAGGAAGAUUCACAAAGAACGAUGGGAGAUGAAAAUCAUCUUGAUCAUCAAAUAUCAAAGGGCAUUAGUGAGGAUAUCGAUGUCGUUCAUAAGGAAACUCGUGAUAUCAAUGUUGAUGAUUUUACAAGAAACAAGCAGGCAACUGAUAGGCGUUUACCAAAUGCUGUUCUACCUCUCCUCCGUUAUUAUCAAUACGAAAGCUCUGAGUNUUCCGUUCCCCCGCCCUCCUCCGCCAUCUGUCGCUGCCUUUCCCUCCUUUUUCGGACCGCUUGGUGGCGCGCACACCAUCGGAACAAUUUCCCUCUUCAAUUAUUCACUCAGGAUUCGUCAAAGUUUUUCUUUUACAACGAUCGAAGAAUAUUCCCUUUUGAAUUUCGAAUAAAUGUUUCUGCCUGUUCAUUUCGGAAGAUUAUUUCUGAAGAUUUGAGUCAGACGUUGCAUAUUUGGGUUUCAGUGAUGGAUAAGAAGGAAGCGACGGGGAGCCCUGGUUGGGGCGCUUCACUUUUCCUGCAGACGACCGAAGAUGUUGCAACCGAUGAGGGCGGCAGUCCACUACAGAGACUGCAGCGUCAAGUUAAUAAAGUGCUUCAAGGCUUUUCAAGUCCUCCUCAACUCAAAACUCCAGGAACCUAUAAUCCUGAACUUCUCACAACCCAAAAGCGUCAGUGGGCGAACUUUCAGUUGCACUACUUGGACCAUCGAUCUCAGAAGCAGCCAAGUAGGAUAUUUGAGAGCAUGGUUGUUGUUGGCCUUCAUCCUAAGUGUGAUAUUCGGGCACUUCAGGAGCAAUAUGUUGCAAGGAAGUCAGAAGCUCAUAUUGAACCACAGGUCCUAUUUGUGUACCCUCCAGAGAAGCAGUUGCCGCUCAAAGACAAGGACCUUCUUUCAUUCUGCUUUCCAGGAGGUGUGGAGGUUCAUGCUGUUGAAAAAACUCCUUCCAUGAGUGAGUUGAACGAGAUUCUUCUCGGGCAGGAACACUUCAAACAAAGUGACCUCUCAUUUGUAUUCCGCUUACAGGUUGCUGAUGAUUCGACAUUGUAUGGAUGCUGUGUUUUAGUUGAAGAAUUAGUGCAGAAACCAUCUGGGUUGCUUUCAGUUUCUGAAAAAGCACCUUCCUACUCAUCCUUGAGUCGUUACGUACUAACCACACGCAGAUGCUAUUGCAUCCUAUCUCGCUUGCCAUUCUUCGAAUUACAUUUUGGUGUGUUGAAUAGCAUCCUCACUGAAGAAAGGCUGGAAAGAUUAACAAAAGGUAUUGGUGUUUUGAAUUUGGAAUCCACAGAGAAUUUGAGCAUUGAAGAAGAUUUGGUAGAAGACAUAGGUUGCAUGACCUUGGAUCAGAAUGCAGCUGAAGACAUGUCCGAGGUAAAAGAGGAAGAUUCACAAAGAACGAUGGGAGAUGAAAAUCAUCUUGAUCAUCAAAUAUCAAAGGGCAUUAGUGAGGAUAUCGAUGUCGUUCAUAAGGAAACUCGUGAUAUCAAUGUUGAUGAUUUUACAAGAAACAAGCAGGCAACUGAUAGGCGUUUACCAAAUGCUGUUCUACCUCUCCUCCGUUAUUAUCAAUACGAAAGCUCUGAGUCGUCCUCGAGUUUUCAGGGGUCUCCAAGUGAAGACAGAAACUUCAGGAGUGAUGCUGAUGACACAGAGACAGAGGAAGCAUCUUUCUCCGGCCAGGAUGAUUCCACUGACCUACUUGAUAUUCUUGAAAGGGCCAAGAAAAAUAAGAAAGGAUCGUUACAAAUCAUAUGCGAGUAUUACGAGUUGCAUUACCCUGGUAGGGGAUGUUCUGUUAAGUUUCAUCCUUUGGAGCACCUGCAUCCCAUGGAAUAUCAUAGAUCAGGUGAAACAGUUCUGCAUGUUGCUGGCUCAACCAUUGAUCCAAGAUCAUGUAGUACAAGUCUUGAAUUAGCUGAGGCACAAGGUGCUCUCAUGGUAGAGGAGGAAGCAAAUGCCUUGUCAAUAUGGACUGUUGCAAGCAUUUGUGGUUCUUUACGCCUAGACCAUAUCUUAUCCAUUUUAGCUGGAGCACUGCUGGAGAAGCAGAUUGUGAUUGUCUGUUCUAAUUUGGGCAUCCUAUCGGCUUCAGUUUUAUCGAUUAUCCCUAUGAUUCGUCCCUACCAAUGGCAAAGCUUGCUGAUGCCAGUGUUACCAAAUGACAUGCUGGACUUUUUGGACGCCCCUGUUCCUUACAUUGUUGGUGUGAAGAGUAGAACCAGUGAAAUACAGUCAAAGUUAACCAAUGCAAUUUUGGUUGAUGUGAACAAGAACCAGGUGAAGGCCCCGACAAUACCAGAGCUGCCAAAACAAAAGGAGUUAUUCGCAUCGUUAAGACCAUAUCAUGCAGAGCUAGUUGGAGAGAGUUAUUUAGGAAGAAAGAGGCCUGUGCAUGAAUGCACUGAUGUCCAGGUUGAAGCUGCCAAGGGUUUCCUCAAAGUGCUAAGAUUGUACUCGGAUUCUCUCUGCUCUAACCUCCGUUCACAUACAAUUACUAAUGUACAAUCGAACGAUGAUAAGGUAUCGUUACUCUUGAAGGAGAGCUUCAUCGAGUCGUUCCCAAGUCACGAUCGGCCAUUUUUGAAGGUUUUUGUGGAGACACAGUUUUUCUCUGUACAUACGGACCUCGUUCUCUCUUUCUUCCAGAAGGAAUGAUCCUCGCUGCCACAUGAACGCAAGUUCAUUCAUGUAUAAUAAUUUAUUAUAUACUACUGGAAAUGAUGCUUUUUUAUUUUCUUCAAUCCAUCCAUAAGUUCCAAUUUUCCUCAUA